AUGUGGAAUUCAAAAUAUAUUACAGAAUUUCAAUUACCUUCAACUAAAAAUUCUGUGGAAUUUUGGCAUAGAAAUUUACAAAAUAUUUGGUCUAGUCUGCGACAAAAUUUCUUUCGUUUUCUGGUUAGAAUAUUGAACGAGAAUGAAAAGGUUGAUGUUCUUUGUUCAAAAUUGGAUGCUGGAGAGGAGGUUUUUAUUAUUUUUAUAUUGUAUUUGGGUGGUUUAGGGUGUCCACCUUUUUAUGUUUUAUAUCCUUAUUUGUGUUAUAGUGUCUUCUUUUUUGACAUUUGACUUCGGUCGGGGAUUUAUUUAUUCGUGGGUCUUAGUGCCUUCUUAUCGAUCUAAUCAAGUUUUUGUGUUCGAAACCAAAGCAGCUGUGUCAACGGAUACGUUGGUUUCCUUUUU